AGUGUCCGUCCUUUCCCGAUAAGCCCGGUGAUUUGCUCGAAUGGGGAUGAAAUGAAAGCCUUUGUUGUUCUCUUUCUCUUAUUUUUCUCUUCUUCACUUUAAACCUCAUAUACACAGCAACCCCCACUGCCAAAUAUCUUCUUCUUUUUCUUACCUUACCAAUUCCCAUUUUCUGGGAUUUUUUUUCUCUCUUUUUGUCUGAGGUCUCUCUUACCAAACUGCUCAACCCUAGCUUAGCUGGAGCUUAAAGGAGAUGUGAGACUAAGGGAAAAAUAUAAAGAACAAAAAAGAGAAAGCCAAAGAAGCUAGCUACCCCAUUUUUUUUAUUAGUUGGAAGCCCAAAGAAAUUCUACUCCAAGGUACUGAUCUGUUUAGAGCUGAAGCUUCUUCAAAGUAGCUAGCUGUGAAGAGUUGCAGAUCUGUGUGGCUUUGGAUUCUAAGUUGUACCAUGGUCUAUAAAGAUCUGCUUCACUUCAAUCAGUGAAGGGAAAGAAAGAGAGAGAGAAUAAAAAUAACAAGUACCCCUAUUCAUUGUCUGAGAACUCGACACCUGUAACAACAGCCAACAUUGUUCAAAGGUCAGCUGCAAGGAAAAGCUUUAAAUAAGUGAAGGAAGAGAAGGAAGAAAGGAAAGAAAGAAAAAGGGUUGGCUCAGAUCGGCGAAUACUGCUUUCUUUAGCUUACUUGUGAAGCAGAAAAGAGAGUGUCUCAGAUUCAAGGCUGUGGCUGCCAUUUUUCAGGCUUUGCUUUUGAAAGCACUGCAAAAAGGUUGAACGAGAGAGAGAGAGGGUAGUCUCCUGACUUAGACCGUGAUAUAUCAAAGCGUAAAAAAAGGCCUUUUAUCACUAUAUAGCCAAAGUACUCUCUGUGUAAUCGUCAUCAAUGCAUAGGACAUCUCAACCCCACCUUCACUUCUUCCCUCACACCACCACCAUCUCCUCCUCUUCUUACUCCUUCUAACAUUACUCCAAAACUUCAGAUUUUCUCUCUUCCUCUUUAGAAGUGCAACAAACAAAAAAGGAAAAAAAUAAAAGAAGAAAAAGGUAGGGGGGUUGUUGUGGGGGGAGGUUUUGCGUUCUUGGUUUGUGAAGAAAGGAAUGAAAGUGGUAUGGAGGUGGAGGAGAUUCAGACACAAGCCUGUAAGUUCUCAAGAGUUGGAAAUGGAAGAAAUGACUCAAGCAAGAUAGGUCAGAAAGUUAGUGACAACUACCCUGAUGAUGAAGAAGACGGAGAACUGAACAAAAGGGCCGGUGCCAAUGGAGGAGGAGGAGGUGGUGGUGGUGGUGGAGCUGACACUGCUGGUACUAAUCGGCUUCGAGGUUGGCAUCAUUCUUCAAGAAUUAUUAGGGUUUCUCGAGCCUCGGGUGGCAAAGAUCGUCACAGCAAGGUUUGGACUUCAAAAGGGUUAAGAGACAGGAGGGUAAGGUUAUCUGUCACCACAGCUAUACAAUUUUAUGAUCUACAAGAUCGAUUGGGCUAUGAUCAGCCUAGUAAAGCUGUAGAGUGGCUAAUUAAAGCUGCUUCUGAUGCAAUUGCGGAGCUUCCUUCACUUAACAGUUCAUUUCCUGAUACACCAAAGCAAUUGAGUGAUGAGAAAAGGGCAAGUGGGGGAAAUGAACAAGGGUUUGACUCAGCUGAAGUAGAGCUGGAUGGUGAUCCAAACAAUUACCAACAAAAUCAAAGUCAACACCUUUCUUUGUCCAAAUCAGCUUGCAGUAGCACGUCCGAGACUAGCAGAAACUCGGGUUUAUCCCUUUCAAGGUCUGAGAUCCGUGUAAAGGCCCGGGAACGAGCCAGGGAAAGAGCAGCUAAAGAAAAGGAGAAAGAGCAGGAGUCCCGCAUUGCACAUCACCAAAAUGUGAACCCUAUUUCUCAAAACUCUUCCUUCACUGAGUUACUUACCGGUGGUAUUGGCAGUGUUGGCAACAAUAAUGCUAGUCCUACAGCUUCAGCACAUCAAAACCCCAAUGGGGAGCCUGAUUUUUUCCACAAGGCUAAUACUGCCAGGCAGUGGCCUGGAACUCCAAUGGAUUACUUUACCUCGGGGCUCCUUGCACCAUCUUCUUCUUCAAGAAGUCAUCAUUCUUCAGGAUUUCCAGGACAAAUCCAACUAGGAAACUCUUUGCCACAAUCAAUAUCAAUAUCACCAUUCAAUGUGUCGGGUGAAAAUCAUCAAGAGUUGCAGCAUUUUUCGUUUGUUCCAAAUCCUGAUCAUCUGAUCCCGGUGGCAACAACACAGCCGGGGCCAGGGGGUGACUACAACCUUAACUUCACAAUCUCUUCCGGCCUUGCUGGUUUCAAUAGGGGGACCCUUCAGUCCAAUUCUCCGUCUUUUUCGCCUCACCUCCUCCAGAGGUUUUCUUCUAUAGACGGAUCAUCACCCUUCUACAUUGGUACACCACCAGUGGAGAAUCAUCACCACCAUCAGUUCCCAGCUGGAUUAGAUGGCCGCUUGCAGCUCUGCUAUGGGGAUGGAAGCAGGAGCUCAGACCAGAAGGGAAAAGGAAAGAACUAAUCAGUUUCCUGAAAACGUCUCCUCUAGGCACCAUCUUUUCUCUGGAAAAGCAAAGAUGGAGGAAGCAGUGGCAAGCUGUGAGCGAAAGCAUUCCUUCCUUCCUUGCAUUGGGUGAUACCUUUGUUAUUGUGCUUCUAAAAUUGUUAGUGUUUCUGGUUUAUCCGUUUUGAAGUCAUUCCGCUGGCACUGGCGUAUUGGGAUAUAUUUGUCUAUGCGUGCAAAAAGCAUUGUGUGUUUCCAACAAGUAUAACAAAAAACAAUUCGAUUGAAGUUAAUUCUUUUUUUUUACCUUUA